AUGUGGCAACAGGGGAAAAACGAUUUGGAAUCCGGAAACAGCGACAGGCCGCUGUACCCGAUGAUGCACGAGAGUCCGCAGAUGCGCUGGGCCUUCAUCCGAAAGGUUUACUCGAUUCUCUCCUUCCAAUUGCUCCUCACCGUCGCUGUCGCCUCCGUGGUCGUCUUUGUCCGUCCAAUCUCCGUAUUCUUCGCCACCACCACGCCCGGCUUUGCCCUCUACAUCGUCCUCCUCAUCACCCCCUUAAUCGUUUUGUGCCCGUUGUCUUGCUACCACCAGAAGCAUCCGCUGAAUUUUUUCCUCCUGGCGUUGUUCACGAUUACUCUUGCUUUUGGGGUUGGAUUGUCAUGUGCCUUUACCAAGGGGAGGAUCGUUCUGGAAGCUGCAAUUCUUACUACUGUGGUGGUUGUGAGUCUCACUCUAUACACAUUCUGGGCUGCAAGGAGAGGGAAGGAUUUCAGCUUCCUUGGUCCUUUCUUGUUUGGUUCUCUUCUUGUGCUUAUGGUGUUUGCCCUGAUUCAGAUUAUCUUCCCCCUGGGCAAGUUAUCGGUAAUGAUCUAUGGUGGACUGGCGGCAAUCAUAUUCUGUGGGUACAUCGUUUAUGACACUGACAACCUGAUCAAACGCCACUCCUAUGACGAAUACAUUUGGGCUUCUGUGUCACUGUAUCUGGACAUCAUUAAUCUCUUCAUGGCAUUGCUAACUCUUUUCAGAGCAGCAGAUUAGUCAUGCAGAUUCCACUGUUCUGCAGUAUACCCACCUUAUCACCCCACUUUUAUCUUGAGACAAAGCUUUGGUGAAGUAUGUGAAGAAGUAAUCUAGUACAUAUCUGUACAGCUACGCUAAUCAAUAGGGUUCAGAUGAAUUUUGGGACAGUUUAGUGUGCUAAUGAAUUUCUCCUGUUUUAACA